UUGGUCGGGGUUGGCCGCAUGGAGCACACGCUGUGCGGGAACCCAUCCUGGAGCCGCCUUGGGGGACCGGAGCAUCAAGGCCCCAUUCCCCCUUCCAGAGAUGAGCUUCCUAGAACAAGGAGAGAACACUUCAUGGCCAUCACCGGCCACGAGCACUGGCUCAGAGAGAAGCCAUGGGAAACAGGGCGCCAAGGCCUUGCGAUGGACAAGGCAGGAGGCUGUGGAGGAAAGAGAGCUGCUGGAUCUGGGGGAAGAUCCAACCGAUCCCCAGGCCAGGCCACCUGCUGAGUAUGCCGGGCUGGAGGCCACAUUCCCUGAGGCGACGCACUUGUCCCAAGCUGCUCCCUUGGCCCGGUUGGGCUCCUCACCCACAGAGUGGGACAUCUUCCCCUCCGACGACGUAGCCUCCACCGCGGGCUCCAGCACAGAUGGUCUGGAGCUAGACCUAGAAUUCCCGGCCACUGGGGCCUGGGGGUACGAACUGGGCAUGGUGGAAGAGAGGCCUGCCUUGUGCCCCUCCCCGCGGGCCCUGCUACCCAAGCCGGGCUGGGACGAUGAGUUGCAGAAGCCAGGGGCCCAGGUCUACAUGCGUUUUAUGCAGGAACACACCUGCUACGAUGCCAUGGCAACCAGCUCCAAGCUGGUCAUCUUCGACACCACGCUGGAGAUCAAGAAGGCCUUCUUUGCCCUUGUGGCCAACGGCAUCCGGGCGGCACCUCUGUGGGACAGCAAGAAGCAAAGCUUUGUGGGGAUGCUGACCAUCACGGAUUUCAUCUUGGUGCUGCACCGCUAUUAUAGGUCCCCGCUGGUCCAGAUCCAUGAGAUUGAAGAACACAAGAUUGAGACCUGGAGAGAAAUCUACCUUCAAGGCUGCUUCAAGCCUCUGGUCUCCAUCUCUCCCAACAGCAGCCUGUUUGAAGCUGUCUACAUCCUCAUUAAGAACCGGAUCCACCGUCUGCCGGUCCUGGACCCAGUCUCGGGCGCCGUGCUCCACAUCCUCACACACAAGCGGCUGCUCAAGUUCUUGCAUAUCUUUGGCGCCCUGCUGCCCCAGCCCUCCUUCCUCUCCCGCACCAUCCAAGAUCUGGGCAUCGGGACAUUCCGGGACUUGGCCGUGGUGCUGGACACGGCGCCCAUCCUGACAGCACUGGACAUCUUCGUGGACCGGCGUGUGUCUGCGCUGCCUGUGAUCAAUGAAGCUGGACAGGUUGUGGGCCUCUACUCCCGCUUUGAUGUGAUUCACUUGGCCGCCCAGCAAACCUACAACCACCUAGACAUUAGUGUGAGAGAAGCAUUGAAGCAGAGGACGCUGUGUCUGGAAGGGGUCCUUUCCUGCCAGCCCCACGAGAGCUUGGGGGAUGUCAUCGACCGCAUCGUCCGGGAGCAGGUGCACCGGCUGGUGCUAGUGGAUGAGAGCCAGCAUCUCCUGGGCAUCGUGUCACUCUCUGACAUCCUUCAGGCACUGGUGCUUAGUCCUGCUGGUAUCGACGCCCUUGGGGCCUGAGAGUAUCUGAGUCCUUCCUCCCAGGCCACCUCUCACAUGCCGAAGAGGAUGAAGGGAGCCAGGCGACCCGGCCUCUGUCUUCCCCCACCCCCAUUUGCUGGUUUGGCCCUGGUUCAGGCUUCUCCAGCCUUACCGUAAUUGCCCCUGUCCUGCCUGUGCUCCCAGAAGCCCUCACGAAUGCCCAGUGCACCAUGGGACGAUGAAAUGAAGGAGAACGGCUGAGUCAAGCCUGGAGAUCCAUAAGCCAGAAGCACUGGGAUUACCCCAGGGCCAGCUGCCCUGGGGCCAUCCGUGUCACUUCCCCCCCCCCCCCCCGACCUGGGGCGUGACCGGGCCCAGCAGGGCAGCAAGCCCUUAGCUGUUGGGGUUCACUGUGGGGCUCUGGCUUCCUCAGCUUCUGGACUGCCUGGGAGUCCCAACUGUUCUCCUACAGCUACUAACGUGGUUCCCCACCGCUGUGCCCCUGCCCCCCAGCUCCUCCCAGAAUUGUCAUUUCAGGGCUGUUGGUGGUCGCCCUGGAACAGCAGCCCGGGGUUGGGGGGGUCCUCCCUCGUCCUCAUCCUGAGCACCAGCAAGUGCUGUUCUCAGGCCCCUGUGUUUGGAUCACUGAGGAUGAACCCUUGAGGAAGCACAAAUGGAAAAAGAACAGCCCAUGAACUUGAAUUGUAGAAGUUUCCCUUAGAGAAUGCCAGUCAUUUGACCCGAACCUAUGGCCCGACCUCUGUGCUUUCUGAAUUCAAAGACACGAGGGAAGGUCUGUGAUGGACAAACACCACGACUGGCAUUUCAUUGACGCAUAGGGUGUUAGCCCACUGAAAUUCCCUUUUUCAUCUUUUAUUUAUAACAAAACAAUGAAGAAGAUACAAAUUAGUUAAUUAUGCAGUAAAUACAACUCAGUCUAUGAACUCAUGUGCAGGAAACAUAACUUUAUUUUUCUAACACAGAAUGGAGUUUCUGUGAUGAACCCCACUUCACCAGGUGGGAGAAAUGAGUCUCAGUCAGUUUGGGGCUCAUCCCCCCACCUUUUCCUGGGCUGAAUCUGGUGGGGACGGGAGGGGAACGCUUUAAGUAGUGUGAGACUUUGUUCCUCUGUCAUCGUCAUCCGCGCGUGGCCACACCGGCUAAAAAAACCUGUUCCCAUCUGGUUGUCACUGGGUUGGUCGUGGGUGGACCUGGCACCUGCUAGGUCUUGCUCUCAGUCCCUGUCACAAAGCCUCCCUGGGCCUGCCUGCUCCUGGGAUGUGAGGACGUUCUAGUUCCCAGACCUGCACUCGUCUGGGCUUUCGGAAGCUCUGCAGAGCAGUUCCAAGCCCAUUGGCUCAGACCGACAGCAAGUGGUCUGCUUUAUUCUGCAUUUUGCUUUACUUCAGCCUCUACCCUGAAACAUAGGGCACAGGGCUCUUCUACCCUUGUCAUCUACAGAUCUCUCUGGGGGUAUUUGCCACACUCCCCCCUUCCCUUCAGAUACAGCUCCCUUCUCGGGGCCCUCUUCUCAGGGGCCCCUGAAAUGUGGACCUCAGAGAUCUCUACAUUCUCUUUGCUUCCCCAACCCUCAUCAACUUAAGGAAUCUUUAUGAGUGGGGCCUUUUCUCUAACUCACUAUGCAUUCUUCCAAACCCACUGUACGUGUUUUGUGUUUCUUGCCACCUAUCUUGAGGGUCAAAUUCCGAAACCAAGACCCGAUUUCUGUUGUUUCAUCCCUCCCCUGCGGCAAUGGACACUGUAGGUCUGCCUUCCAGUGGGGAGAGGAUAGGCUAAUAUUCCUAAAAUAUGAUCCCACCUCAUUCCCUUCACAGAGCAACAGAGGGGAGACAUUUGUGUCUGAUGAGUCGGACAGCAAAUGAAGGCCUUUUUUCAUAGACGCCCAGCCUCUGUUUCCAAUUUUGCCAAAACCACGGUUCAGUGCCAGCUUUGCUCUGGCCCUCCCUGGGAAGGCCCCGGGCCUUGGGCUCAAGUGGGAUGAUGGGAUGGGGGUGCUUCUCUGGGCCUGUGUCAAGGGACACUGUCCUCAGAGAGCCUGGGGCAGGCUGCCUCCAGCUGCAGCUAACUGGAGGGUAAGUAUAGUGGGUCAGUCUCUGAGCGGUUGCCCAAGAUGGCGCCCCAUAAGCAGACCUUCAGGAGUCAUAGCACCGACAGAAAGGGCAUCCUGAGGAAGUCACUCCUUCCCCUUCCUGCUCCCCCUGAGAGCAGAUAGGUCUCCAGCCUCCACCGUGCUGAGGACCCAGCCAUUCCCCCCUGGGCCCUUCUGUGAGGGACCACGCCAGCCCCACCAGCCCCCUGCUUCAGCCCUCCUUCUCAGAUGACAGCCAGCCCUCAGUUCCCAAUAGUCUCCAGCACCAUGGCUUCUAGAACAGAGUCUAAGGUUGCCAUAGGGACUACUCCUGAAUAAAAGUGUU